AUGGGUAAUCAAGAACUGGUGUAAUAGGGCUAAUGGGUUGAUUCCAGAGCGGGCAGUUGACCUACUCUUGUCUGACUUGUCAUUUAAUCGCUAGUUGUCAGCAAAGUUACUGUCUCUUAAAUAUAGUCUGGGCCAGGCGAUGACUGUUUUAUUCUGUAACAGCAGGGGUUCUUGCUAUUCUUCAUGUGGAGUCAAAGCACUCUUAUUUUGAGCUUUGCUAAAAAUACCCUCUGCUAACAGAGAGAUAUUUAUCUCCCACCAAUGAGAAUGUCCCAUUUUAUUUAGGGGGCCACAGAAAUAGCAGGCAUUGAAUCUUGUGUGUGUGGCAAGGCCAUGCUCAAGCAGCUGCGAUACUCCUUCAACAGGUUACCUUACUAAAAUGUAUUCAUAUACACUGAACAAAAAUGUAUCUAAAAUGUUGUGCAAAAAUGUGUUUACAUCUGUUAGUGAUCAGUUUGCCUUUGCCAAGAUAAUUCAUCCACCUGACAGGUGUGGCAUAUCAAGAAGCUGAUUAAACAGUAUGAUCAUUACAGAGGUGCACCUUAUGCUGGGGUCAGUAAAAGGCCAUUCUAAAAUGUGCAGUUUUGUCACAACACAAUGCCACAGAUGUCUCAAGUUUUGAGGGAACGUGCAAUUGGCAUGCUGACUGCAAGAAUGUCAACCAGAGCUGUUGCCAGAGAAUGUAAUGUUAAUUUCUUUACCAUAAGCCGCCUCCGACGUCGUUUUAGAGAAUUUGUCAGUAUGACCAACAGCCUCACAACUGCACACCACGUUUAACCACGCCAGCCCAGGACCUCCACAUUCGGCUUCUUCACCUUCGGUAUCGUCUGAGAACAGCCACCUGGACAGCUGAUGAAACUGGGUUCGCACAAACUGUCAGAAACAGUCUCAGGGAAGCUCAUCUGCCUUUAUGGUGUCGUUUGGGCAAGUGAUUUGCUGGUGUCAACGUUGGGAACAGAGUGCCCCAUGGUGGCGGUGGAGUUGUGGUAUCGGCAGGCAUAAGCUACGGACAACGAACACAAUUGCAUUUUAUCGAUGGCAGUUUGAAUGCACAGAGAUCCCGUGACGAGAUUCUGAGGCCCAUUGUCGUGCCAUUCACCCCCCCGCCAUCACCUCAUGUUUCAGCAUGAUAAUGUCGGCCCCAUCUGUACACAAUUCCUGGAAGCUGAAAAUGUCCAAGGUCUUCCAUUGCCUGCAUUCUCACCAGACAUGUCACCCAUUGAGCAUGUUUGGGAUGCUCUGGAUCGACGUGUAUGACAGCGUGUUCCAGUUCCAGCCAAUAUACAGCAACUUCAAACAGCCAUUGAAGAGGAGUGGGACAACAUUCCACAGGCCACAAUCAACUGCCUGAUCAACUCUAUGCGAAGGAGUUGUGUCGCGCUGCACGAGGCAAAUAGUUGUUACACCAGAUACUGACUGGUUUUCUGAUCCACAACUUUUUUUAAGGUACGCUAACAGUCAAAAGUUUGGACACACCUACUCAUUCAAGGGUUUUUCUUUAUUUUUACUAUUUUUUACAUUGUAGAAUAAUAGUGAAGACAUAAAAACUAUGAAAUAACGCACAUGGAAUCAUGUAGGAACCAAAAAAAGGUUAAUCUCUUUAAAGAUCUGACCCUUUUUUCAAUUUUCGCCUAAAAUGACAUACCCAAAUCUAACUGCCUGUAGCUCAGGACCUGAAGAAAGGAUAUGCAUAUUCUUGAUAUAAUUUGAAAGGAAAUACUUAGAAGUUUGUGGAAAUGUGAAAUUAAUGUAGGAGAAUAUAACACAGAUCUGGUAAAAGAUAAUACAAACAAAAAAACAUGUGUUUUUUGUUGUUGUUGUAUCAUCUUUGAAAUGCAAGAGACAGGCCAGACAGUGAUGUAGGAUUCUAGAUGUAUAUUAGAAGUUGUCCACCAGAUGGCAGCAGUGUGUGUGCAAAGUUUCAGACUGAUCAAAACAUCACUACACAAUAUUUUGUAUGAAGUCUGCCAGGAGUUUCCCCAAAUUUGCUGAAUAUGUUUUCAAGUACAUAACUAUAGAGAACAUACAAAAAUGCUAUGGUAAUACAACAUUUUAUUUUGCACACACACAGGAAUGUCAUAAAUGAUGGAUCAUUACUUCCCUACAGAAAAUACACUAAUCUUCACACAUCUAGAUGGCAGGGUGGGUGUGGAGUCAGAGGUCAAACUGUAGAACCCAGUUCCUACAUUUGAAUAUAAAAAUUUUUAUUUUUCAAACAAAACUACACUACAUUUUAUCCAUGGGAACCUCAGGAUGACAAAUCAGAGCCAGAUUACUGAAUGUAAGUACAUUAUUUACCUUGAGGUGAAUGUACCAAACCAGUUGCCGUGAUGAACGUUUUUUGUUGUUGUGCACUAUCCUCAAACAAUAGCAUGGUAUUUUUUAGUUAUAAUAGCUACUGUUGGACACUGCAGUUUGAUUAACAAGAAUUUAAGCUUUCUGUCCAUAUAAGACAUGUCUAUGUCCCGGAAAGUUGGCUGUUGUUUACAACACCAUUCUAGUCACAUAUCGCAUAUUGAGCAACAACCGUCCCGUAUAAGGGACACCGAUCCCGUAGAGGUUAAACAAAUCAAAAUGUAGUUUAUGUUUGAGAUUCUUCAAAGUAGCCAGCCUUGAUGACAGCUUUUCACACUCUUGGCAUUCUCUCAACCAGCUGAGCACUUGAUGGCUGCUUUUCCUUCACUCUGCCGUCCAACUCAUCCCAAACCAUCUCAAUUGGGUUGAGGUCGGGGGAUUGUGGAGGCCAGGUCAUCUGAUGGAGCACUCCAUCACUCUCCUCCUUGGUCAAAUAGCUCUUACACAGCCUGGAGGUGUGUUGCGUCAUUGUCCUGUUGAAAAACAAAUGAUAGUCCCACUAAGCAGAUGGGAUGGCGUAUCGCUGCAGAAUGCUGUGGUAGCCAUGCUUGUUAAGUGUGCCUUAAAUUCUAAAUAAAUCACAGACAGUGUCACCAGCAAAGCACCCCCACACCAUAACACCUCCUCCAAGCUUUACGGUGGGAACUACACAUGCAGAGAUCAUCCGUUCACCCACACCGCGUCUCACAAAGACACAGCGGUUGGAACCAAAAAUUGCCAAUUUGGACUCCAGACCAAAGGACACAUUUCCCCCAGUCUAAUGUCCAUUGCUCAUGUUUCUUGGCCCACUACGCCUCUUCUUCUUAUUGGGUGUCCUUUAGUAGUGGUUUCUUUGCAGGAAUUCGAUCAUGAAGGCCUGAUUCACACAGUCCCCUCUGAACAGUUGAUGUUGAGAUGUGUCUGUGACUUGAACACUGGAAGCAUUUAUUUGGGCUGCAAUUUCUGAGGCUGUUAACUCUAAUGAACUUAUCCUCUGCAGCAGAGGUAACUCUGGGUCUUCCAUUCCUGUGGCAGUCCUCAUGAGAGCCAGUUUCAUCAUAGCGCUUGAUGGUUGUUGCGACUGCACUUGAAGAAACUUUCAAAGUUCUUGAAAUGUUCCGUAUUGACUGACCUUCAUGUCUUAAAGUAAGGAUGGACUGUCGUUUGUCUUUGCUUAUUUGAGCUGUUCUUGCCAUAAAAUGGACUUGGUCUUUUACCAAAUAGAGCUAUUUUCUGUAUACCCCCCCCUACUUUGUCACAACCCAACUGAUUGGCACAAAUUAACUUUUAACAAGGCACACCUGUUAAUUGAAAUACAUUCCAGGUGACUACCUCAUGAAGCUGGUUGAGAGAAUGCCAAGAGUGUGCAAAGCUGUCAUCAUGGCAAAGGGUGGCUAUUUGAAGAAUCUCAAAUAUAAAAUAUAUUUUGAUUUGUUUAACACUUUAUUUUUGGUUACUACAUGAUUCCAUAUGUGUUAUUUCAUAGUUUUGAUGUCUUCACUAUUAUUCUACAAUGUAUUUUUUUAAAGUAAAAAUAAAGAAAAACCCUUGAAUGAGUAGGUGUGUCCAAACUUUUGACUGGUACUAUAUCUGUGACCAACAUAUGCAUAUGUAUUCCCAGUCAUGUUAAAUCCAUAGAUUAGGGCCUAAUACAUUUAUUUCAAUUGACUGAUUUCCUUAAUUAACUCAUAAAUCUUUGAAAUUGUUGCAUGUUGCAUUUAUAUUUUUGUUCAGUAUAGUUACUGAUUUCCAAAAAUAAUGAAUCUUAUCUCUUGAGUAAAGAAUUGGUGAGCUGUAAAUAUCGCUGGUUUGGUGGUAUUAUCUUCCAAGUUAACAAACCUGAAUCUUAGUCACGUUUGGUCAUGUUAAAUAGGCUGUAUUCUCUUUUCAGAGUAUUCCAGUGUAUCGGACAUUUGUUUGGUUUCCAUACUGAAUGACUGACAGUCAAGUGUCUCCUGUCUGUUGUAGGUCGUAUGGAGCAGCACCAGCCAGAGGCCCAGACAGUCUCGGAGAACCCAGAGUGGGAGAAGGCCAGACAGGCACUGGCCUCCAUCAGCAAGACCCAGAGCGCCACCAAGACCGCUCAGGCCAACCGGACCACAGCACAGGUGUGUGGAUGCUUAUGUGCCCAUGUCUGUGUUUUGCUUCUGGAAUGUGUUUGUUCACUUACUGUAAUGCAAGUUCCCUACGUUAAUGAAGUGAAAUUCUGCUUAGGAAAGGGGUUUCAUAUUUUCCAGAUUUCAGUUAUAUCGGUCUAAUUCAGGGGUUCCUAAAGUUUUUGGCGCGCGACCCCAUUUUGAUAUUUAAAGGAAAUUGCGACCCAACCAUGUAAAAAAAGUUAUGUGAUCAACCGCAAAUGUUUACUUUUUAAAUUGGGGCUAUGACAGUCUUACAAAUCAGUCUGACAGUACUUUUGACAGUAUUUCAAUCUGAAGGAAGUAUGGUUCGAAGUGAAUGAAAUGCGUAAGAAAGGUAUUGGGAAGUUCAAAAGAUCAUCAGGCAAUAAUUUUGUAUGAUAUUCUGUGUAGAAAAUAACAUCACUAUUAACCACAUUUCCAUCCACAGUUUUCAUGCAAGUAAAGUCAUAUCGUAUAAAAAAAAUCACAACAGCUGUGAUGGAAACAUUUGUAUAAAUGCCGACAGAUCAUUUGUUCAUUCGACAUGGUGGGAUAUUUUUGUCUCUGUAAAAUGUAUAAUGCGAGAAAUGGCGGUGGAAAUGUCUUUAUGCGCAAAUACUGAUAUAAUAACCAUCAUAUCGACGCAAACUUGGAGUCCACACAAUGAUAUGGUGUGUGGUCCGCCCACUACAACUCGGGAAACCAUGCAGUUUGUUAGGCUACAGAUGAAGGAAAUGAUUAUGAACGUCACAGGCUAUUGAAAGUGCACGCUAUGAACUUGACGCUCCUUUCCAAUAAAUAUCGAGGGUCUUAUUCUGGUGACAUGAUGAUCGAUGCUUGACUGCUGUUUGACAAAUACAAAUAUCCAUAAUAAUCUCAUCAUGUAGACUGUCCUACCUGCACAUAAUACCCGCACUGUAUCUGCAAGCUGUUGGCUAGAGAGCAUGUACCAAGACCAGAGUUGGCAAAUUUGCUGUUUAACGCAACAGUUUUUGUGACCAAACUAUCGGUGGAGUUGAAAAUGUGACGGAAACACAUUGAACUUUUGAUUUUUGUGCACUACAUCAUCACGCACAGAUUUUUCUCUGCAACAAGUCAGUUUGGUGGAAACACACAACUGGAGGGAAAAUGCGUAUAUUUUCUUUAUGCUGAUUUUAGAUUAUUCGCAUGAAAAUUUGUUGCCAAUUGAAUGGAAAUCUAGCUAGUGAUGUUAUAUUUCCCCCAGUCUGAUUUAGUGCCUGGUUGUCCAUUCUGUUCUAUUGAGUCCUGUGCGACUUGUGCGCAUUGUAGCGGGAAACAGAAUACACAUAUAUGUUCCUGAAAGUCUUCUCUUUCAGUGAUGGGGCCAUAAUAUUUUGUAGCUUAAACCAUUCCAAAAGAGUCACAUUUUAUAGGGAAAAAACUGAAACUACUCAGUUUAUUACAACCAUCUACCAUCUAGCGCAGGGGUGUCAAACUCAUUUUAGCUCAGGGGCCACAUGGAGGAAAAUCUAUUCCCAAGUGGGCCGGACCGGUAAAAUCAUGGUGUAUAUAUAACUUAAAAACAACAACUUCAGAUUGUUUUAUUUGUUUUAAUACUAUCAACAUAAAACAUAAAGCUGGAGCCUGAGGACAGUGUGUCCAAAAUAGUACAAGCACAACAUCACUAUUAAUCAUAAAACACCUCAAGUUUAUUUGAAAAUUCUAAAGAAAAAACACACAAACACACAAUGCCUCAGUGAUUCACAGAAGUAUAUCAGGGUUUCAUUUCUCAGGCAGAAAUGUAGAUACAAAUAAUGAAAUCCUGUUCCCCAAACAAGUGCAAGAACCACAGAGUCAAGAAUAGGUUAAAUAUACAAAUCAAUUAAAAACAAUAGCACAUCAACAUAAAAACAUAUAAACAUAAAGCUGGAGCCUGAGGACAGUGUGUCCAAAAGCACAACAUCACUAUUAAUCAUAAAACACCUCAAGUUAUUUGAAAUUCUGAGGACAAACAACACACAAACACACAAUGCCUCAGUGAUUCACAGAAGUAUAUCACAGAACUAUAUCAGGGUGUCUCAUGCAGCACUUUAAGUGGGGUUGCAUAGUUUAUUUGACUCCUGAUACCUGGCAUCUUUUAGCUUUCACCAGCGCAUCAAUAUCAGGCGUCACAUCCUGAGUGGCAGCCAACUUCAGGAUGUGAUUCAAGUGCUUGUGCGUGAGCCUUGAGCGCAGCUUUGUUUUAUUUAUGCUCAUUACAGAGAACUUGCUCACAAAGAUAUGUGGUUCCAAACAUGCACAACCGUUUUGCAGCGAGGGCUGUCAAGUUGGGGUAACCUGGCAAGAGAUUCUGAUAAAAUGUGUCCAAGCCAGCUGCGGCAAAUUUGCCCUUCAAAUCCGAGUCACACUGCAAGUCUAUUAUUUCAAGUUGGAUGCUGACGGGCAGAUCAGAGGGAUUCACGGUGAAUGGCGAACAAAAAACUUUGAAGUCUUUCUCCAGUUCACCAAAAAUCUGAAAGCGUUGCUCAAACUCCCUUAACAGUCCCGUUAUUUUAUCUUUGAACCGCUUCAUGUCUGCCACAUGUUGGGUCGCGCACACAUUUUUCAGACAGGGGAAGUGAGCUGCAUCACCACCGGCGAGUUGCGUCUCCCACAAUGACAGCUUCAACUUGAAAGAACGUAUUUUACAUUUACAUUUUAGUCAUUUAGCAGACGCUCUUAUCCAGAGCGACUUACAGUUAGUGAAUACAUAUAUAUAUUUUUUUAUACUGGCCCCCCGUGGGAAUCAAACCCACAACCCUGGCGUUGCAAACGCCAUGCUCUACCAACUGAGCUACAUCCCUGCCGGCCAUUCCCUCCCCUACCCUGGACGACGCUGGACCAAUUGUGCGCCGCCCAUGAGUCUCCCGGUUGCGGCCGGCUGCGACAGAGCCUGGAUUCGAACCAGGAUCUCUAGUGGCACAGUUAGCACUGCGAUGCAGUGCCUUAGACCACUGCGCCACUCAGGAGUAUGCUGUCAUAAUACUGCGUGGCAACUUUGUUGCGCCCUUGCAGCUGUUUGUUCAAGUUAUUCAGGUGCUCUGUAACAUCCACCAUAAAUGCAAGGUCCUGCAUCCAUUCUGCGGAAUUAAAUUCUAACACUGGUUUGCCCUUUUCUUCCAUGAACUGUUCAAUUUCUUCUCGUAAAUCAAAGAAACGCCUCAGCACAGCACCUCGGCUUAACCAUCUUACCUCAGUGUGGUAUGGCAGGCCAUAGAUGUGGUCUUUCUCUCUGAGAAGGCUGUCAAACUGACGGUGAUUCAGGCUUCUGGAUCGGAUGAAAUUAACAGUUUGGAUGACCACCUUCAUGACGUUAUCCAUCUUUAAUGACUUGCAACACAAAGCCUCCUGGUGCAAAAUACAGUGAAAAGUCCAAAAAUCACGUCCUCCAUUUGCAGAUUGCACUUUCUCUCGGAACUUUGUCACAACGCCUGCUUUUUUCCUGAUAAUUGAGGGCGCACCAUCUGUAGCCAUGCUGACAGCGCGGGACCAGUCCACUCCGACCCUGUCCAGCGCGCCGACGAGUGCAGUGAAAAUAUCAGCUGCUGUCGUUGUAUCUGUCAUCGGCACCAACUCCACGAACUCCUCUGUGACGGUCAAUGUGUCAUCAACUCCGCGGAUGAAAAUGGCCAGUUGUGCAACAUCUGUAAUGUCCGUGCUUUCAUCAAUUGCAACCGAAAACGCAAUAAAUGACUUUACUUUUUGCUUCAACUUGCUGUCCAAAUCCACUGAAAGAUCGGAAAUCCUGUCUGCAACUGUGUUUCUUGUCAGGCUGAUAUUUGCAAAAGCCUGGUGCUUUUCAGGGCACACAAUCUCUGCUGCCUUCAUCAUGCAUGUUUUUACAAAUUCACCCUCACUAAAUGGUUUUGAAGCCACUGCGAUUUCAUUAGCAAUGAGGUAGCUAGCUUUCACUGCAGCGUCACUGAUGUCUCGGCUGUGAGUAAACACAGACUGCUGUUUCUUCAGACCCACCAACAGUUCAUUCACCUUCUCUCUUCUCCGCUGUCCUUGAAAGUUGUCAUAUUUGUCGGCAUGAAGACUCACAUAGUGGCGACGAAGGUUAUAUUCUUUCAGCACUGCAACAUGCUGUGAACACACCAAACAUACAGCUUUCCCAUUCAAUUCCGUGAAUAAAUAGAAGGAUUUCUUGGAACACUCUGCACUCUGCGUCCACUUUUCUCUUUUUUGACAGAGACAUAUUGGGGCAAUGAGGGUGCCAAAGCACAUAAUGUUAAAAGUAGAAGCCGUAUUAAAUAUCGCGGGCCAAAACAAAGUAGCUCAUCCGGACUGGCUGCACUUGCUUGACCUAUUUGCUCUGCCCCGGUAUAAACAGUUUUCUUGCUUAACACAAUUGCUAUUGCGCCAUCCAGUGGACACAAUUGGAACAGCAGUUUAUUUUAUUGAAAAAUUGCAGCUAAUUUUUAUACUUUACAAAAUCAUCUCGCGGGCCGGAUUAAACCCGUUUGCGGGCCUGAUCCGGCCCGCGGGCCGGACGUUUGACACCCCUGAUCUAGCGGCUACCGGACGUUACUGACGUAACCUCGGUUCUAUGAACCAAGCGCAAUUGUUAAUUAUUUUUACUUGAGAAUUUCUCCCACGACCCCAUUUUGAAAUGAAAUGAUGGUCUAAUUGUUGCAAUUAUUGGUGCCUAUUCUAAAGCCGGGUGUACACUACACGACUUUCAAAAUCCUAACAUCGCUGAGCCUCUCACAUUAAACAACUGUCUUUCCUGUCAUUUUUUUUUGUCUUGCCAACGUAGUGGUGCGCACAAUAAACGAUGUGGCACAGACUGGGUCACACACUACAAGAUUCUUCACCUGGUUGUGAGGAUUCUCCAUACCACGCUGUCUCGCCAAAACAAUGAUAUUAUGUGAUAACAUUUAACGUAGCUACAACGAGUUGUGGCUCAAAACAGCCUCAUAAACGUUUUCAGUCAGGCAUUAACAAUUCCCAUACAAAGUUGAAAUAUCUAGCAUACAUUUUGAAUUGAAUAACAUUGCUUGUGAACUUCAGAGCUGUAACGAUUUUAAGCUUUGGUUAAAGGCAAAUACAAACACAUACUAGUAGUAGUCAUCGCUCCGGCUCCAGAGUCUACAUAUUCUGGAUGAUGCAAAACAACGUCAUCUCGCUGGCUUCUUCUCUGGCGAGCUCUCAUUGGCUAUUGCUGAUCAUCGUUCUCAAAACUUGUCAUUUCACAGCUCACACUACAAGAACAUUGCAGAUUUUGUGCCAAUAAAAUCAAACAUGUUUGAAAAUAUUGGGACGUCUGGAAUUGCUUAAAGACGAGAUCGGUAGCCCUCAGAUUGAGUCUGACCCGCUCACAUUAAACGAGCGUCGGUGAUGGCCGCGUGCCCAGAGUAGGCAACGACAUGGGGAUUUUGUCUCCGAUCUCCAAAACAUGUCUGGGACAGCUAAAUCGGGCCCAAAAUCGUGUAGUGUACACCCGGCAUUAAUCUCACAGGCGCUUGUUAUUGGAUACAAUGUGUUACCUCAACAGUUAUCUUACCUUGACGAGCUGUACAGCAUGGACCAUUUUCUUCCUGAUACAACACACUGUCUGAUCUGGGCCCGUAUCCACAAAGUGUCUCAGAGUACGAGUGCUGCUCUAGGAUCAGGUCCCCACCUGUGUAUGUAGUCUUUAAUAAUUAGGAUUCUAAAAGGCAAAACUGAUCCUAGAUCAGCGCUCCUACUCUGAGGCUUUGUGGAUACGGGCCUAGGUCUUCCUGACUUUUCCCCUGAAUAUGAUUCAAAUGGAUGAGUAGGCUUUCGUUUUGAUUUUCUGUGUUGUACACGCACAUCCCUCCAGAAUCCAAUGUGUUUGAGGGGUGUAAUCUCUCCCAUCUCUCUUCACUUAGUUGUCUGUUUGUGUGUGUUUCUAGGCUGGUCAGUUUCAGCCUGCAGUAACUGAGUCCACAGCCAUACAGCAGCAGCAGCAACAACAGUACUACCAACAGUGGUACCAACAGAACCAGCAGCAGCCGUAUCCUGGGUACACCUACCCCUACAAUUACUACUACCCCAUGGCCCCGGGCCCUGUAAGUGUACAUAUCCUCCACAUUUCAGAUGAACUGUAAUGUAGUCCUUGGCAAUGAUUUCACCGACACUGAUGCCGGCUUUAUGCCCUAUAGCGUUUAGAUAAGGAAUUGGAAUUGUUAGAUUUAGCCUACACAUUACAAAAACUGCACUUUGCUACUAUAAAUGAACCGUUCACACAGAAUGCACAACAUAAAACCAUUUAUUGAAGCCAAGCCAGUACCACAUUUUGAAGUGUGUUCCUCUAAUUCUCCAGUAUGGUGGUGGUGGCUAUCCUCCUCAGGGCCAGUAUGGUGUACCUCCAGGACCUUACCCCUCUCCCACCACUCCAACUGGACAGGUAACCAUCAGAAAACUGCUGCUGUUGCUACUUCAUCAAUCACGUUUUCAGUUAACUUCACUGACUUCCUCUAUUGCAGUUUAUUUAUGAAUCAUUGACUAAAUUAUUCCCCAAUGCCAGACAUUUGUGUAAAAAUUACUUUCUGUUUCCGGAUAGAAGUGCACCAUUGUAUGAAUUAAGAUGUAAUUGAUGACCGGCAUUUGAAUAAUGUUCUAUUUCUACCCUGACAAGCGUCCCUAAUUAUCUCCCAUGGUCAGGUACAACCCUACACUGUUGAUUGGUCAAUGCAUCUUGCUGCCUUGUUGACAAAAUGACAGAGCGGCACAGAUUACUGUUUGAUUUGAGAAGGGCGCUCCUCCCUCCCCGCUUUCGUCUGAUGACGUAACAGGCCUUUGCCGGUGCCCUGCGGUUCAGCAUAAUCAAAUCCGCCCACUGAGAAUCUGUCUUGAGCUGAAGUCUCUUGCAGUUAGAAAGCUUUAAUCUGCAUUUCUCCUUUCAUAUUUAGAUAUUCUCAGUUUCAAGUUUUUGCAAUCUCUGCGGUUUAUUACCUUUCUUUCACAAUAGUCUAUUUUUCCCCCAUCUAUUAUUUUCCCCACAUUCCCAGCCUCCAUCCCUGCCCGUGAUGGAUGACAAGUCCUCCAGCUACCCCCCUCAGCCUCAACCCCCUCCGCCUGCUGCCCCUCAACCACCCCCCCAGAGCCCCACGAGCUCUGAGCAUCCCCCACCCCCUCCUCCCCCAGCCGUCCCUCCCCCUCCCAACUCCCAGUACCCCCUUCCUCCAGGGCAGAACUCCUACAACCCCAACAACCCCAUGCCCUACCCCAACAACGACCCCAACCAGAUGAGAAGUUACAACCACAACCAGGGCAGGCCCAGCUAUGGGCAGAGCUACCAGACUCAGAACUCGUACCAGCAGCAGCAGAAUAACAACCAACACCAGCAACCAGGACCGGGUCAGUAUGGACCAGGAGCUGGGAGAGGAGAGGCCAACAAAAACAAGAACCAUCAACAACAACAACAGCCACAGCAACAAGGAGGACAAGGACAGCAGCUCUGGCACCGCAUGAAACGUUAGUGUGUGAGGGUGUUGACGUUGUGUGUUUGUGUUCAGGUAUCUUAAGCAUAGUUUUUCUGUUAACUUAUCUUCAGGUUUGUGUUUGUUUCCCAUCACUUGGUGUUAUUGUCUUUGUUUCAAUGCCUUCUUUAUUGUCUUCCACAGAGGCACCUGGAGCAGGUGCAAUGAAGUUCAACAUUCCCAAGCGACCCUACGUCAUGACCAAUCAGAGUUUCCCUCCUGGGGAACAACCCACCGGAUUGGCUGCUACUCCUUCCUCCCCAGCUGCUGCUCCUGCUGCACCUGGCGGUGCCCAGACACGGUGAGGAGACAGCUACUAAUGACACCAAUAUAUGUCUUUACUAUCCUUACUACCUACUGGGGAAGAAUGAUUCUUCUUAAUCAUGUAAUUCAAUGCACAUCAAAGACCCUUGAUGUGUUUAAAAUCUCCAUCCAAUAGGCUUCUGAAGUACCAUGUCCCUCUUUCUCAAACUAAUCAUUAGUCACUUCAAAUUGACCUAGUACCCCCAAACCAGUUUCCUUCCCCCCCGAUUUACUGUUGCGCUGCUGAUUAUAAAAAUGUUGCCCUCAGGCCCCAGGACUGGCCCCAGGCGAUGAAGGAGUAUGUUCAGCGCUGCUUCACAGCCUGUGAGAAUGAGGAGGACAAGGACCGCACCGAAAAGGGGCUGAAGGAGGUCCUACAGAAAAGACUACAGGAUGGGUCUGCCUACACCAUCGACUGGGACCGCGAGCCUCUGCCUGAGUGAGUGGAGCAGUUGUUCUUGAAAAAGCCUGAUGUUUCACUGUCUGGAACUUAUAAAGCCUGAAUCCCAUUUUGGAGACCAAAUGCCUCAUUUCUGCCUAAACCCUAUCAAGAGGUGCUAGUCAUCCUAACCCUUUCUCUCCUCUCUCCCCAUCCAGACUGAAGGCCAAGCAGUCUCGCUGGGAGGCUGUAUCCACCCAGAGGACUCUGGAGAGUUCCUGUGGGCCGAGGUGGGGGUACAGGUGGGGCUACGCGGGGCAGGGGUGGUGGGGCCAGGCUGGGGCACUACAGGAACGUCUUCUCCCAGAGAAGCCCCUCAUCCAGCUCCUCAGGCUCCUCCUCUCGCUCCCCCUCCCCCUCUCACAGCCGACACAGGGACCGCAAUGGCCAGAGACACAGGCGCAGGUGAGAGACAGAAAGAGUGUGUAUGUUUUGGGCUAGUCCAGUGAUUUAUGUUUUUUCGUCAUAAUUGGCCAGGUGUAUUAUUUGUCCCAACCUGCUUUAUUAUAGGUCAAAUAUUCCCCUUAAUAUAGUAUAAUGAUAGCCACUCUAAAAAGAGAAAGUAUGCUGUGUAGUUUUAUCUGUUGUUGUAAUGUCCUGUUUGUUCUCCUCUUCCAGUGACUCUGAGUCCCAGUCGGACAGCAGUAUGUCCAGUGACCUCCGAACCCAGCUUCCCCGGCGCAACCAGAAAGGAGGGCGUGGCCGUGGGGGCGACAGGGACCGGGGCAGAGGGGGUGGAGAGAGGGGACGAGGAAGGGGCGGAAGAGGCAACAGAGGGCGGAGGUAAACAAGCAUGUUUUGGCCUAAAGUAAAAUUCCACUCAAUGUUUGUGCAAGUUUUCAGGAUGUAUAACUUUCAAAAUACAGAAAUACAGCCGGUAUGAUGCAUUUUGCAUCAUAUUGUGCAAAACUCUGCAUCAUAUGAUGCUAAAUGCAUCAUACCGGCUGUAUUUUGAAAGGUAUAUAUCUUUACUUUAUUGCUGACAUGCAAAACAUUCUGGGACUUAAUCAACAAUGGACUAAUGAAACAAAUACCAAAAGUUAGUUAUUGGGUGAAAAUUGACCCACAAACCAAUAUUCACCUUUCCCUGAUUCUCAUUGUGCUGAUCACAUUUCUGCUUCUCUUCUCCUCAGAAACAUGGAUGACGCUAACUCUACCGUCCUGGGCAAGAAGAGGAAAGGUGGGAACGCCGGCCUAGACUUCCACGACCCCCACCGGGAGGCCAAGAAACAAAGCCGAGCGGCACGCUUCCACAACACCAAGAUGCGCUCAGAGCCUCUGGUGCUGUCCAUCAACAACCUGGAGCUGCCCAAGGAGGACCUGAGCUGGGACGACUGUCCCAUCGUGGGCACCUGCCAGGAGAUCACCAAGAUCUACCUGAGACUCACCUGUGCCCCCGACCCUGCCACCGUGCGCCCCGUAUCUGUGAGUAUCGCCUGUCACCUGGAAUGAGAUGAUCCUUAUUUGAGACCCAUCUUCAGAUGUAGUGAUACUCGUCUCCUAAUCCCCGGUCUCUGGCCAGGUGCUGAGGAAGUCUCUGUUGGCGGUGAAGGCCCACUGGAAGACCCGCCAGGACUACCCCUACGCCUGUGAACAGAUGAAGUCCAUACGACAGGACCUCACGGUCAGUUUACAUGUCCAUUUUAGUUUUGUCUAACAGGCACUUUGUCCUCACUCGGUAUUUGAGUCCUAUUGUAUGAGGAUGUGAAAACCAGAGGCGUCUCUCUUCUCCUUUCAGGUCCAAGGAGUUCGUACAGAGUUCACAGUGGAAGUAUACGAGUGCCACGCACGCAUCGCUCUGGAAAAGGUGAGAGGCCAUCUCCAUACAUUGUCCCCUCGCUACUUUUAGAGACAGUCAUCUGACAUCAUAUUUGAUGUCAGGUGUCGUAUUUGAGUUUAAAGGUGCGGUGUCGUGCUAGAUGUGCAUUCUUCUCUAAAUGUUUGCGUGGUUACCAGGGCGACCACGCAGAGUUCAACCAGUGCCAGAUGCAGCUGAAGGCCCUGUAUAAGGACAACCCAUCAGAGAACAUAGGGGAGUUCACUGCUUACAGACUACUCUACUAUAUCUUCACUAAAAACUCUGGAGGUAACUUACCACCUGCCCACACCUUCCUGAUAUUACUCAUCAAUCAUUAUAUUUCUGCAUUGGAUUUUGGCUCGCAUAGCAUUGAGCUUAAUGUCCUGAUUUUUUUGGUUGUGUGUUCGCCCCCCCCCCAGACAUCACGACUGAGCUGGUGUACCUUACUCCAGCGCUGCGGGCGGAUGAGUGUGUGUCCCACGCUCUCUCCCUCCGCGCCGCCUGGGCUCUGGGAAACUUCCACCGAUUCUUCCAGCUCUACCGGAGAGCCCCACGCAUGGCAUCCUACCUCAUAGACAAGUUUGUGGAGAGGGAGAGGAUGAUCGCUCUCAGGGCCUUAUUCAAAACGUAAGUCAGAGGCCUUUCAUCGAAGUCCAUGGUUCCUACCAAUUCAUCAUUUUACAUAGUUGUAUGUAGGAUAGAAAUGCUCCAACUUUAAAUUGCCUCUCCCUCUCUUCUCUGUGUUUUUCCCCAGAUUCAGACCAGACUUGCCGGUGGAGUAUGUGCAGUCCAGUCUGGGCUUCCUUUGUUUAGACUCUUGCAUGGCCUUCCUCACAGGCCUGGGGGUCACCUUCUUCCCCUCUGACCCCAGCAAGAUAGACUGCAAAACCAGCUCAGCCUGUCUGGCAGCCUCCUGAGGGGGUGGGGGGUUUACCAGGG